AACGUACCUCUAGAGCAGCGAAAUAAUAUCCAGUCAAAAAUAACCAAUCGUAGAUACAAAUAUUUGCAUAUGUCAAGCGUUUCUUGUGGUUUGAAUCCUUGUACACAAUUUUGGAAGGCAUUAGUUGACAAAACUGAUCGCAAUCUAUUUGGUGAUCACGAGUCAUUAACGUCAAGAAUAUAUGACGCACAGCAGGUAAUUACCUCUGAUGAUCUGAAA